CAGGCGCGAGCGAGGGGAGAGGCUGCUCCCUCUUCACAGCCCCGCGGCCGCCGGGAACCUGACCUCGGGUCCUCCGGUGUUCCCCGGGCGGAGGGGCCGCCGCCGCCUCCUCCUCCUUCUCCCAUGCGCUGGAGGCCGUGGGGGUGUGGGCUCUCUCCGGCCUCCCACCCCCUCUUCCCGCCGCUGCACGGGAGAGCGAUUCGUCGUGGGGCGAUCGGGACGGGACGUGUGCGCCGCGAGGGACGCGGAGCGGGGCGCUGAGGCAAGGCCCGGCCCUGAGGAGGGAGCACCGCGCCAGGAUUUGAGUGUGAUCGGCAUUGUGCUCAACCACAGUGAAUAGGUGAUUUUCACUUCAAGACACCUUGCAUUAAAGGAUCAUGGUAGAAAGUUUAAUAGUUUCUUUGAGACUUAUUGGUUCCCUGGCAGUGCUGGGAUUUCAGUUUGUCAUCCCACAGCCUUCAAUUGAACACAGAAAGGUUCCCCAGAGGAUAGAAGAGCAGGGAGAUGCAUCUGAGGAUAGCAGUGCAGGAAUCCCAGGCAUGUGGGGAAGCUGGGGCCCUUGGUCUGCCUGUUCUCGGAGCUGCAGUGGUGGUGUGAUGGAGCAGACACGGCCCUGCCUCCCAGCCUUUUACCACCAGAGGAGCUACCGGAGGCCGGGCCGGCAGUUCCCAGCCUCGGAGAGAACUCUGGCUCAUCAGAAUUCCCGCCACCGUGAGGACUCCCUGUCUGCUUAUCCUGGCCAUAUCAUUUCUGCCAUCCGUACCUCUGUGCCACUUCACAGGAAUGAAGAGCAGCUCUGGGCUAGCCUUUGGGCCCCUGCUUCCUCUGGAGGCCAUAACAACAGCCACCUGAGCAGAGGAGCAUUGAGAGGCAGCAGGCAUUCUCAGUCCCAGAGGCAGAACACCAAACCAGAGAAGAGAAGCAGAAACAGAAAUCCUAUUGGUCCAGGAAAGUAUGGCUAUGGAAAGGUACCAUACAUUUUACCUUUACAAACUGAUACUGGUCAGCAGCCUCAGAAACUUCGUAGGCAACGACAGUCAUCAAGGAACCAAGUGUUUCAUCAGAGUCCAAGUAUCAUGAGCACUUACAACCAGCCAGAUAGUCCUUCACUUCAGCAUGGGAAUCUUUAUCAAGAAGAAAGUGGGCCUCAGGCUGGACAUCAAGUCCUGGGACCCUCAGUUUAUCAGUCAUCUUCAUUUCCAGUAUCUGAAAGCCUAUUUCUCAGCAGUGACUCAAACCAUCACGGGUCUGCAUCACACCAAGCACUCCAGGGUCAGCCCCAGCCUCAAAGGGCUGCAGCAAUCGUGUGCAUUGGCACCUACAAGCAAUAUAAACUCUGCAACACAAAUAUGUGUCCUGAAAGCAGCAGAAAUAUUAGAGAGGUACAAUGUGCAUCAUACAAUAACAAGCCAUUUAUGGGUCGAUUUUAUGAAUGGGAACCUUUUGCAGAAGUGAAGGGCAGUCAGAAGUGUGAGCUGAAUUGCCGUGCCAUAGGCUACCGGUUCUAUGUGAGACAAGCUGAAAAGGUGAUAGAUGGGACACCCUGUGACCAAAAUGGAACCUCCAUCUGCGUGGCAGGGCAGUGCAAGAGCAUUGGCUGUGAUGACUACCUGGGUUCAGACAAAGUGAUUGACAAGUGUGGAAUAUGUGGAGGGGACAACACUGCUUGCAAAGUUGUGUCUGGAGUUUUCAAACACACGCUAACAAAUCUUGGGUACCACAAGAUAGUGGAAAUUCCUGAAGGAGCUACUAAAAUCAACAUUACUGAGAUGUCAAAGAGCAACAACUAUUUGGCCUUGCGGAGCCGGUCGGGCCGAUCCAUCAUCAAUGGCAACUGGGCAAUUGAUCGACCUGGCAGAUACGAAGGUGGUGGGACAAUGUUCACUUAUAAACGCCCAAAUGAGAUCUCCAGCACUGCAGGAGAGUCGUUUUUAGCUGAUGGCCCAACAAAUGAAGUCCUUGAUGUCUAUAUGAUACAUCAGCAGCCUAACCCAGGUAUACAUUAUGAAUACAUAAUUCCAGGAGACAAUGUCAUUAGUCCUCAGUUGCUUGCUCAGAGGAGGCCAGGUGAGCCCUUGAAUGGUCAGCUAGGAAUGCCAGAAGGUACAAAUCAUGAGGAUGAGGAUCUGCAUAUGGAGACAGAUACUCUCACUGGACAGUCAGUUGGAACAUUUCCAGUAAUUCAGCCAGGAAGAUUCCCUUCUCAUCAGCCAGAAAACCAGGUACCUGCUGUGCAACCACCAAGACAAAACAGAGAAUACAACUGGAAACAGAUUGGAAAAACUGAGUGCACUACUACAUGUGGAAAAGGUUCACAGUACCCAGUUUUCCACUGUGUCAACAGAAUCACUCAUGAGGAAGUACCUGAGGGUUACUGUGACAGCAGCACCAAACCCAUUCCAGAAGAGGAGGCCUGCAACCUCUUCCCCUGUCCAGCUUUCUGGGACAUAGGGGAGUGGUCUGAGUGCAGCAAGACAUGUGGCCUUGGUAUGCAGCAUCGACAGAUCUUGUGCCGGCAAAUGUACGCCAACCGCACCUUGACAGUGCAGCAGUACCGCUGCCAGCACCUGGAGAAACCAGAGACCACCAGCACCUGCCAGCUGAAGAUCUGCAGUGAGUGGCAGAUUAGGACAGAAUGGACUUCUUGUUCAGUGCCUUGUGGAGUGGGGCAGAGGACCCGAGAUGUGAAAUGUGUCAGCAACCUUGGAGACAUUGUUGAUGAUGAGGAAUGUAACAUGAAGCUGCGGCCAAAUGAUAUUGAGAACUGUGACAUGGGUCCCUGUGCUAAGAGCUGGUUCCUUACAGAGUGGAGUGACAGGUGUUCUGCAGAAUGUGGUGAUGGAAUCCGUACCCGCUCAGUGGUUUGCAUGACAAACCAUGUCAGCAGUUUGCCUCUGGAAGGCUGUGGCAAUAACAGACCCUCUGAAACAACUCCCUGCAAUAAUGGACCCUGUGCUGGGAAACAGGAGUGGUUUGCUGGGGGCUGGACACAGUGCUCUACUGAAUGUGGCAGUGGAACUCAACAGAGGGAAGUAAUUUGUGUUAGGAAAACUGAAGGUAAUUUUGAGGUUUUGAACCCCUAUGACUGUUCAUAUUUGGAAAAACCUCCCAGCCAGCAAUCUUGCUACCUCAAACCCUGUGGAUCUAAGUGGUUUCAUACAGAAUGGAGCACAUGUUCCAAGUCCUGUGAAGGAGGAUUCCGGGUUCGGGAGGUGAGAUGCCUAUCAGAUGACAUGACAGCCAGUAAUCAGUGUGACCCUCAGCUUAAACCUGAAGAAAAAGAACCAUGUAACACACACGAUUGUAUCCCUGAAAUAGAUGAGAACUGCAAAGAUAAAUACUACAAUUGCAAUGUGGUGGUUCAGGCUCGGCUCUGUGUCUACACCUAUUACAAAACAGCCUGUUGUGCAUCCUGUACACGUGUGGCAAACAGACAAUCAGGAUUUCUAGGACGUAGAUAACAAAAAUCCUUCUACUCAAAGUGGCAAUGUCAGUCUUUGGAUGGAGCUUGAACAGUGUUACAGCAGGUUUUAGCUUAUUAGAGGUGUUUUUUUAUAUUGCUGACUACAUCAAGACUGUGGUUAAAUCUCACCCUUUCAGUUACAGUUAUUGUGCAGUUAUUUUUUUUAAAUGUUUGUUGUAAAACCAUGAUCUUUUUAAAGCAUUAGUCUUUAAUGAUACUAUUCUUUGCACCUGCUCAUCAGAUAAUUAUUUAAAGAGUAUACCAGCCUUAGUAUUGUGAAAGUAAUGAAAACUAAAUGAGUCACAGUCAAUUGCUGGAGAUAAUUCAUGAGUUUGGAUGCAGCUGCUGCAUUAUUUUCUGAGUGCUUACUCUUAACUUGGUAUUUUGGACUGCCUUAAAUUAUAUGACUAAUUCAAUGAAACAUGCACACUUCACAGAGAACCAGAUCUUUGAAGACCCAUUUAUCAUCAUUUUCUUAGUACUCUCACAUAUAUUUUUAAUUUCUUCAGUCUAUUCAUAAUAAAUUAGUGUCACUGUUAAGCCCUCUCAGUUGUACUUUUAACUGACUUCCUGUCCUCAGGCAGCAAAUGUAUAUAUACUUGACUGCCCAAAAGUGCCUUGAUAUUUUAUUCAUAAACUCUUGAAGUUACACUUUUAUUAUUUUUUAAGGAUUUUAAAAUACGUUACCUACCAGAGUGCCACUAGGGUCUAGCCCUUUAAGUCUUUAACAACUGCAGCUGUCAGCAAGACAGAUUUACCAGAAAGGUGAAGAGCCUUUGCUGGUAUAAAACAAAAAAGUGAUUGUUUUCCUUGGCAAGGUCUCUUUCCUGUAGGGCAUUGAUUUCAGUGAGCUGGUAUCUUGCCUCAUGUCUGCACUAUUGCUUAACAACUGCCAUACCAAAGUGCCUUGUCCAGACCCACUCUGGAUAUGUGAAGAGUUUCUGAAAAAUACACCAAAGGGUGCAGGCCUUAGUGCUUUAUAGUAGUAGCUCCUCUCAGGAUCAGGAAGCAUUAUGAGUGUAGUAGCUGAGGAUCUUUAAAGAGGAGUUCCUUGCUAUUGACAUUCUUUAGGUUUUGAUCACUUAUUACAACAUACUUGUCUUUUUACAGUCAGUUUCAUCACACAGAUCUAUUCAUAUGCCUCCUCUUCUACUACUCAAGAAUGGUUCCAGACUUGAACCUGAAUAUAGGUGGUGAUUUUUCAUUUCUGCAAUUGCUGUACUCAGCCUUAGGACUUGGUAAGAGCAAAUAGAAUGUGCUGUGCACAUUGAAAGUUUUUUGCAUUAUCUGCACAUUCUUUAGCAAUAACCAGAAAGGUCUUUCAAAUGUGGGAAUAAAGGGUGAGGG